AUGGAAAAAAUUAAGGACAUCAACGACACCAAGGAGUUGUGGAAAGUGGCGGUGAGAGUUUCUCAUAAAUGGAACGUCGUCUCCAACAACAAGGAGCAUUUUGAAAUGAUCUUUCAAGACAAAGAGGGUUCUGAUAUCCACGUCAUUGUUCCAACUGCAUGCAUGGCCGCAUACACUGAGAAGUUUGAGGUGGACCGGACUUAUACUGUGUCAAAUUUUUCUGUGCAGCCUAAUAACUUAGUUUUCAAACCAAGCUCCCACAAGUUCUUAGUCAAAUUUACUGGAGGAACUGCUGUUGGUGAUGUUGACAAACACGACAUACCCCCCAAACCACGUCCAUUCACCAGUUUCGCUGAUAUCAUUAACGGGAACUUUCAGAAGAAUGUCCUCAUUGAUGUUAUUGGUAUGCUUGAGAGUAUUGGGUAUCAACAGACGCAAAUAGGUGGGAAAAAAUUUCAGGCUAAUUUCCUAUUACGAGAUGCAAGCAACAACACCAUUAAUUGUACCCUCUGGGAAGACUAUGCUAAACAGUUUUUUAAGUUUAACGAGGACAACUCUGCGACAACUGGGCCAGUUGUUAUUAUGAUUCAGUAUGCAAAAGUUAAAGAAGCUGGCCAUUACCCUCUCUCUGUUACCAACACAUUCCAUGUUACUAAGCUUCUGAUCAAUGCAGAUUUGCCGACUGUCAAGGACUUCCUUAACAGAUUCCCAAAGGAUUCGUUGCCUGUCGUUUCCACACAACUCACCUCUCAGUCUCAACAAUACUCCCGCACAUCGACAAAUGAUAAUGUCGGACAAAGUCAGAUGCAGAAGUUACUCAGAGGGGCUGUUGCUGUGCCACUAAGUGAGAUGAAGAAAAUCCGCGAGGUGCCGUUACGCAAUUCUGAAUUAUAUCGUUGA